CGAGUUUUCCAGGAGGUCGUUAGUGAAAAAGCGUCGUUUUGAAGUUGAGCGGGAGAAGUGGCGAGCGGCGGACUAGUGAAAGUCCAAAUCAAUGUUAAAGUCACCAUUGAAAAUUACAGACGAUUAAUAGUGGUAAAAGGCUCGAAUUUCCUGAUUUUCCGCAAAUCGUUCGUCUCCUCGAGUUUCGGGUCGUUUUGAACGGAGACGGAAUAUUUUCACGGAGCCCUCUCGCCGUGCCGUUCGUGAGUGUGUGUGUGUGCUCUGACGGGAGUAGUUGGUAAAUCUGAUUUUUGUUGUAGUGUUAGGGUUACUCAUUUUAAUAACAAAUAAUUUAUGUAGUAACGGUGCCCGGAGUGUCCGAGAGAGAAAAGUGUUCGGUGGAAAACGUGAAAGAAAGGACGAUCCUUCAGUUGUCGGUUCGAAAUAUGGAUCGGAUUUAACCCCAGGGGAAGUGGAAUAAAAAGGCACAAUCACGUUCUCGUUAGGCGAAGUCGUGUAUUCUCUGUGGAGUAGGUGUGUGCUUCAAUCGGCAAUGACUGAGUACAAAUUGGUGGUGGUCGGGGCCGGAGGGGUCGGUAAGAGCGCCCUUACCAUCCAACUGAUCCAAAACCACUUUGUGGACGAGUACGACCCGACGAUAGAGGACUCGUAUCGGAAGCAAGUGGUGAUCGACGGUGAGACGUGCCUUCUCGACAUUCUCGACACCGCCGGCCAGGAGGAGUACAGUGCCAUGAGGGAUCAGUACAUGAGGACCGGCGAGGGGUUCCUGCUCGUCUUCGCCGUCAACAGCGUCAAGUCCUUCGAAGACAUAGGUAUGUACAGGGAGCAGAUCAAACGGGUCAAAGACGCCGAAGAAGUGCCGAUGGUGCUCGUAGGCAACAAGUGCGACUUGCCCGUAUGGGCGGUAGACAUGAACCAGGCUAGGGAGAUCGCCAAACAGUACGCGAUACCGUUCGUCGAGACGUCGGCAAAGACGAGGAUGGGCGUCGACGACGCUUUCUACACCCUCGUCAGAGAGAUCAGGAAGGACAAGGAGCUGAGGGGAAAGCAGAAGGGCAAAGGGCCCAACAAGAACAGAAAGAAACGCUGCUGGAUUCUGUAGGCCAUCCUCAUCCGCAUCCUCAUACUCCCUUUCACACCGAAUACGCAUCGUUUUGAAACUUUUUAUCAGACCAGUGAUGGCAAAGGAACUCAUAUGUCGCUGAACAAAUCCAUCGGCGGGGCUGACUUGUGAUAACCCAUCUUCACACAAUCACCCUUCCUUCCACAAGAACACUUUUUCUUUUUUUAAUUUUUUUUUUAAUUUACCCUCAUCAGUUAUUUAGCUUUCAACAAUUUUCCUUUGCUUCCUCUCUGUUUAUUUUACCUAUUAUUAAUAUUAUUUCAAAUAAAACGUGUUAACACUUUAAAAUCGACCACUUUUUCAUCUAUUGGCAAGGUCAGCUUACCAAACCCGACAGGAAUGUUUCCACCAGAUACGACGUUGUUCGGCUUUUCCUUUGUUUUCAAACGUUUCGAAUGCCGCUAAAGCAAUUCAUUUCGUCUUUCAAAUCAGAGAAGACAGGGGAUUCAAUUUUAACCAAUUUUUUUAUAACAAUCUCUUGUCAUUAAUGUUUUCUGUUAAAUAUAUGUGUAUUACCUUAAAAUUGACAUUUGGCUGACUGAAAGCUAAGAACCUCGGAGAAAAGAACUUUCGGACAUGAGAAAGACAGCGUCGAUUCGACCGAUCGAGCUUUCUUUUAAAUAAACUUCUUAUUAAUACGAUUAAUUGUAAUUAAUUUUAAACUUUCCGAUAUUAUGUAAUUGUCGAUACGACAGUGCAUCAUGUUGUUAUACAAGCGAUCAAAUGAACCUCUAGAAGAAUCUGUUUGCUUGAAUAUUGUUCAACAUAUGACAUAAUGAUGUUAAAUCAAUCAAUUUAAGUCUUUUGAUACAGAGGGUAUAAAACUUGUUGACUUUUAAGCAUGCUAAGUUGAAGCUGUUUUGUCAUAUUUUCAAAAUAAGAGAAUACUUGUUUUGUAGAUAAGUGAUACAUUUUUCAUUCAUCAAUGAAAAUCAAAAGUGCACUUGUCUCUUUUUUAUAUAUAUAUUAUAAAUUAAUUUAAUUUCUGUAAUAAAUUUGUUGUAAAAUGAAGUUUAAAUGCCAAGUUUACAUUUUUGUUGUCAUAUCUUCAAUAAGGAGUAUAAUAUGUGUACAAAUGUUCUUUUCUUGUUUCACAUUGUUAACCAGAAAUCAUUUUUAAGGGUAUUAUCUAAAUAUAUACAAAAAAAAGUUACAUGUGUUUAAUUGUAUAAACACAAAAAACUUGUUUACGCCAAAUUCCUUGUCCUCUCUGAUAUUUCGAGUUUAAUUAUUUUGAGUAUUACAAAUUCGGAAAUAGCCAAAUUGUCUUAAUUAAUCUGUAGCUCGGUCAUUUAUGAUCAUUGUCUUGUUCCUCUGGUUUUGUCUGGCACAUUUCACCAAAUUUUUACAUCGUCCAUCUAUAAAUUUGUUAAAUUUGAGACGACCAGUGAGAGCAGGCUAGCUACAGGUUCAUUACCUCGCAAACCACACGACAAUGUUUCACAAUUUGGAUUAAUUAAGCUUUAAAAAAAACUUAGAUCAAGAAGAACCAAAUUCUUAAAUACAUAUAAAAUUUUAAUAAUUGUAUUCACAGUUGUACUAAUCUUCCAUUUUUGAAAGUACGUUAGUUACUCCUCUUUCUGUUGUACUUUAUCAAGAAAAGAAAUUCUCUUUCCUCCAUUUCUUAAGAAGAUAACCUAUAACUGAAACAAUAUCGACCUUUUGUAUUUUUAACGACUUUUAUGUUUAUAUAAGAGAACCAUGACAUUGUAUUAAUCAUAACCAGAAAUUUUAACUUACGACAAAAAUCUGAAAAUUUAUUACAAACCUGUUUUUAAAAACGAACUUUUUUUCUUCUUUAAAA